AUGACACAGGACAACAACGACGACUCGACCAUCCAUGUCUAUUCCUCCGCCUUGGAAAUGGCCGCGGCCAUUCGAACCGGAACUAUUACCAGCCGUGAGUUAGUGGAACAGCACAUUGCUCGCAUCGAACGAUUGGAUCAUUGGAAGAUCAAUGCCGUGGUGCUUCGCGACUUUGAUACCGCCCGAGCCCAAGCCGAUAAAGCGGAUGAAAUGGUACGAAAUGGAGAAUCGCUAUUAUUAGGUCCCUUUCAUGGAGUCCCCUUGACGUUGAAGGAAUCCAUCUUUACUCCCAACUUUAAGACCACCAUGGGAGAUCCCAAAUUCUGGGUUCCACCUGGCGCCCACUCGGAAACGGCACGUCUCAUGAUGGAAGACGGAGGAGCCAUUCUCAUGGGCAAGACCAACUUGUGUAAAAAUGCCCUCGAUUGGGAGAGCAAUAAUCCCAUCUAUGGAGCCACGUCCAAUCCAUUUGAUACCACCAAAUCUCCCGGUGGAUCUUCAGGAGGAGCCGCGGCGGCAUUGGCGGCGGGGUUCACUCCCCUCGAAGUAGGAACGGAUUUGGGAGGAAGUGUUCGCAUACCGGCUGCCAUGAAUGGCGUGGUGGGCCACUGUGCCACGCGAGGAAUUGUGCCCGCUCCCAAUCCAGUUUUCAAUUGGCCCUGUUGUGGUGGAUUCGCGACACGACAAAUUGGAAAAAUGCUAGAUGAGUUGCUGUGGAUGGCUCGAGCAGGACCAUUGGCUAGAACGGUGCCAGAUGUCCAGGCCAUGUUGCAAGUCUUGGGAGGCGACCGAGCGGCGAGUCUUCCACAGCCCACGUUAUUGCAAGGACUGAAAGGUGCCCGUGUGGGCAUUUGGCGAUCCCAUUCGGUCUGCCCUCCUGGAAAGGAAGUAUCGAAUGCUUUGGAUCUGGCAGUGGCAGCGUUGAAAGCGGCGGGUGCCAAUGUGGAGGAGCUCCAACCACCCAUGGACCCGAUGGAAACCUACUUGGUCUACCUUCGAUUUCUGGGACCUAUUACCGGCGCAUUCAUGACGGAAGAACAAAAGACAAACGUGCAGAAAGGAUGCCCUCAGGACAGCUAUCCAAAAGAAAUGAAGUCUCCUUACUGGGAGUUUGAUGUGUCGGCCAUCCAAGGCGUGCCCAAAGGAAACAUGGAGGCCUACCACAAGGCUAUGGAUAUUUGGGACAAGUUCCUAAAAGAUCAUUACGAUGCUGUACUGUGCCCAGUCUUUUCGAGAGAAGCCUGGCCCAAGGAAUCCCCACCGUACGCGGUUCUCCCAGACCACAAAACGGGCGCUCGAAAGUUCACCGUGGACGACGAUGAAGAUCGAUACUAUGGCGACAAUUUGUUUUGGGCUCAUCUUUCGGUUCUCUGCGGUUUUCCAGCGACUAGUUUCCCCGUGUGUCGUACAAAGGAAGACGGAUUGCCGGUGGGACUGCAAGCCUUUGGCUGUCGAGAGAGUGACUUUGUCGUGUUGGACGUGGUUCAAAAAUUGACGCAACAAUUGCAGAUGGAUCAGUUCGAGCCUCCGCAUGACUUCUCUUUGUAGCUCUUGGAAUUACCUAUCCAUUUACCCAGUUAGUUGUUUCCCGCGGUUCGGUUAAAAAAUCACUAUUCAGCACUGUAGAUUCCACCUUGGGAGUCGUUUCAAUCCAAUCUUUCUUGGUUGGCUACAUCCUGCAUGUUUUGCUCACUCUAAAUGGGGCCA